GCCAUAAACGGUUUAUUUGAAGGGCAACCGGGCCACCAGUCUUUUCUUCAUUAUUCAUAUAUUCAUUCGAAAAUCUUGAAUAUUCAAUCAUCCAGUCAACAUGCCAUUUUAUGCAGUUGCUAAAGGAUUUAAGCCAGGAGUCUAUGAGUCAUGGGAUGAAUGUUUGAAGCAAGUAGUAAAUUUUGAAGGCGUCAAGUUUAAAAUGUUUCAUUCUAAAUAUGAAGCAAUGCAAUAUGUUGAAAACAAUGGUGGCUCAAAACCGGCCCAAGAUAAUAAUAUGCAAGGAAUGGGGCCUUCCGAAGGAGCGGCGAUACAACCAAAAUCAAUAAAUGUUCCCAGAAAGCGUAAAGCAUCCAUCAUCCAGGAAAAUGAAUUGCCUUCCACAUCGAACAUAUCAGGAAGACCUAAUAUAUCUUUUAAAUAUGACAAAGAUGGAUUUGUAAGGGUUUACACUCGUGGUAAAUGUGACAAUGAUGGUGAACCAAAUACUACAGGGAGAAUUAUUGUAUUCUUUGGAGAAGAACAUCAUCUGAAUGUCUGGGAGCCUUGUAAUGGAACAACAAACAUGUGUGCUGAAAUCCGAGCAACCACCAAAGCAGUUCGAAUAUUAAAGCGUCAUGGUGAAUAUAAGGCAUGCAUUUACACACUGUGUCAACUUCUUGUAAAUGCAUUUACCUGUUGGGCAAACGAUCGCUGGAAAAGAGAAGCCUCUACGUUUAGUAAGGGUAUUCUAAUGGAAAAUGAACGUUAUUUAAAAGAACUUGAUCAAGAAAUUGUAAACAUGAAUAUAAAAUGGACAUAUGUGGAAGACAUAAGUGAUGUAAUUGGAAAUGAAAUGGCUGCUAGACUUGCAAGGAAUGGUACAGAAUUAUGAGCUAAAAGAAACAAAUUUUAAACUUUAUUUUUAACUUGGUUGUUAUGAUAAUAUAUUUAUAA